AAUUGGCGAAGAAAUUGAAAAUCCUUUCGGUUUUGAUGAAAAUGAUUUGGAUUUGGACGAAUUUUGCAAACGUCUCGAACGUGAACUUAAGUUGAUCACUUCCCAUGCACCACCCAAAGCUGAAAAUUGGAUAUUUAGCAAAUCAAAUGUGCCGUUUGGUAAAGAUAUCGGAGUUACCGGCGAAGAAGCUAGAAACCUCGAGGUUGACGAGGUUCGAUCGUUACUUUCAGUUAAUGACGGAGAACACAACGAGAAUAAAGAAAAUGCUUCCAAUGUUUCUAUAAAA